AUGGCGGUGGGCGAGGCUGCCUACAUCGCCACCGCGAGCGCCGGCGCCGGCACCGGACCCGCCACCGGGUCCGCCGGCGCCGUGGUGGACGUGGUGACCCGCGAAUCGGCGGCGCAGGCGCUGGGCACGGUGGUGCAGCUGCACUUCGACAAGACGGUGGAGAAGAAGCGCGCCGCCGACGCGCAGAAGCAGGAGCUGUGGCGCCUCUUCCUCGCCUUCUUCCUCCUCCUGUCCCUCGUCCUCUCGGGCGUCGCGUCCUCCCCGCCCGCGCGCCUCCAGUGCCGCCACCUCUGGGCGCCCGCGGGCCUGCUCUCGCUCGCGCACCUCGCCUUCUACGCCGCCGUCGCGCACCACCUCCGCUGCCUCAACGGAUUCCGCUACCAGCGCCGGUGCCACAAGCUCACGCUCGCGCUCGCCGCCGACAGGCUCAGGAUGCUCAAGUCCGCGGCGGAGGUCGUGCCGGCGGCAGACGUCGAGGUGCCGUACCAGGAGCCGCCCGAGGCGUACCUCGCCAAGUUCAGGCGGAGCUGGGCCAUCCACUUCGCCUUCCUCAUCACCACAUUCGCCUUCUCCGUCGCCGCAUCCGUCGCAAUCCUCUGCUUCUAG